AUGCGCUUGGUUCGUUUGUUGUUUAAAGUCAUGGAACCACGUUUACAUAUUCAUACCAACGUCGAUAUUGCAAAUAUUCGAAAACCAUAUAAAAGAUUAGACGAAUAUUUUGAUAUUGAACAUCUAGUAUCACGUGAACCAUUUGGUCAAUUUAAAAAAUGGUUUGAAGAAGCUGUUGCACAUGUCGAAGAACCAAAUGGAUUUUGUUUAUCUACAGCUUCAAAAAGUGGAGUACCUUCGAGUCGAUUCGUAUUAAUGAAAAGUUUCGAUGAAACUGGCUUUAAAUUUUUUACCAAUUAUGAUAGUAACAAAGGAAAAGAUUUAGAAGAAAAUCCACUAGCAUCAAUAUGUUUCUACUGGUCAUCGAUGUCACGAUCUGUUCGUAUUGAUGGUCGUGUUGAAAAAUUGUCUGAAGCUGAAUCAACCGAAUAUUUUAAGUCACGUCCCCGUGAUUCACAAAUUAGUGGAGCAAUUAGUAAACAAAGUCAACCAAUACCAAGUCGACAAUUUUUACUGGAACAACGCCAAAAAUAUAUCGAUGGUAAUUUAGAAGUUCAAAAACCAGAAAGAUGGGGUGGCUUUCUUCUAAUACCUCAUACCUUUGAAUUCUAUCAAGGCCAAUCAAAUCGAUUAUCAGAUCGCAUACGAUUUCGUCAUGUUGGAUCUGAUGCUGAUAAAACUAUUCCAAUAGAUCCAACUGUCACACAUCAAGGUACUCACGGUUGGGUAUUCGAACGUUUAUCACCAUGA